GUAAACCUGAACAUAGAGCAAGCGAUCACUAAAAUAGUUUUACUUGUUUCAAGCACGCAGCUUCACCCUAAACCCUAACCCACUUCGAGGUCCCUCACAAAAUGGUUCGUAAUUCGCUGUCAUCGUACGACAAAUCUAAGGUUGAGGAGGUUGCCCAUCAGAAAGAGGUUCAUCAAACGUUCCCGAACUACAAAUCUAAGUUUGCUGAGAUUCCCUUAACCAGAGAGCAGUUAACGCAAAUAUUCAAGAAGCACGACAAAAACAAGGAUGGCAAACUUUCGUGGGAUGAGGUGAAGGCUGCCUUCCAAGAACUUAAAGCGUUUACUAUUACUCUAUCUUCCUCCUUUCAAACACCAAAUCAAUCCAGCAAUAAUAUGUGGCCUUUUCCAACAAUUAUCCAAAAAAAUCUGGCCAACAGUUGCUCCAAGACAACGGUCAAGACCGUGCCCAUGCCAUACACUGAAGCGCAGUUGAUGGUUAUAUUUAGGCGCUUUGACACAAACGGAGACGGGCACCUAAGCAGGCAAGAGCUUAGAAAUGCCUUCUGCAGCCUUGGUUCGUCGGCCCCAGGCUGGCGAGCUUUUCGAGCACUUUGCCAUGCCGACAGAAAUGGAGAUGGAAAGAUCAGCGAGGCCGAGUUGGACUACCUCGUAAGAUAUGCUUUGAAACAUGGUUAUACCAUUAACUAAAACCUCGAUAAUAGUUGAUACUAGCUUAAUUGGUAUGUUCAAUAUAGGUGUAUUUCCAAUCCUUGAAAUAUAAGCUAGUCAAUAUAUAUCACCACAAAACUACCUUUUGUAGUAUGCGGGUAUUGUAGUACUCCAAGAUGCAUGUACAACAGAAAUAUAAACCUUGUAACAUGUUUCCAAGCAUAU